AUGCAUAUUAGCUCUUUUAUUGCCUUUGCUCUCAGCAUUAAUGCUGUUUCUGCGGUCGCCCUCCAAAACAAUGCCGCCGCCCCUGCAUCCCCUACUUCCUGUGAUACCUGCUACCAAUUCCCGUCAAUGAUUAAUUGCCCAGUCAAUGGCGGAAUCAACAUCACGCAGGAAGCCCUUAAACAGGCGGCUCAUGAUGCCGACAGAAGUGGACAGCCUGAAGAUUGGAGUGCAGCUGACGCGUCUUCUGGGCACUGCGCGACGCCAAGAUUCCAUAACAUCCCCUACUGGGCGACAAAGCUUCCAAACUCAGCUGGUACGUUAUUUUAUGCCUUGGCACCGAAUGGUACUUUCUACUUUUGUUCCACGAUGUCUGGAUACAGGAAUGGGUGGCCAGGUUCUUGUACCGAAUACAAAUAA